GCAGUGGGCAUUGCUAGACACUCGGCGGAGAUGCGCGUACAGAAGCAGGAGCACUCAGCGGGUGGCUGUCGUCCAAGUUAACGGGGCUGUUUUGGGGAUGUGGGUGGGAGCCCCGGACAGCGGUGUGUCGCUCGGAACAGGGCAGCAGGGUGUUUUUUUUUUUCUCCCCGUUAUACCGGGGAUUUUCUUGUAGGGGAGACGGAAUAAGAGACAAGCCAAGAAGGAUUCCCCAGCACUAUGGAGCCACGCAUUGCAGGCAGCUGUGAAAGGUGACAGUGAAAUGAAAUGCAAAGCAUCUGACGCGCAACUCUAAACUUUUACCUGGUGCUGCUGCACAUAGAGGUGACAUUUCGUAACUGCAUCAAGUUGUGGAGUCUGUGAAACAAACAGCAGCAUCAUGUUCUACGGUUCUUCCUCUGGGGCCAGUAUGUCCCUACCGUCCAAGAGCCGCCUGAAGCGCCAGAGCAGGACCUUCACGCAGGUCCUGUACCGCACUCUUAGUUACAGAGACCGUGUUCCAGCAGAAACUGGAACAAACACCCGUGGGGACCGGCGUUCAACAACUGAACCCCCGGAGCGACCGGCGGAUGACCCAGCUGAACUGUCCACACAGAGCUCGGCCCCUGGGGUGCUGAAGAUUUUUGGGGAUGAAAUCUGCGCUGGUGCCAACUACAAGAGCGUCUUGGCCACGCCACGCUCCAGUGCGCAGGAGCUGGUGAAAGAGGCACUCGAGCGUUACUCGCUCAACAAGGAUGCUGCCCACUCUUAUGUCCUGUGCGAUGUGAUCGGACACUUGGAGGGGGGAGGGGGGAUAGGAGGAGGGGGCUGGCGGACUGAAUGCCUGCGUGCACUGGGGGACAAUGAAAAGCCGCUGCUGCUCCAAGAGCUGUGGAAACCCCGAGAAGGACACGCUCGCAGAUUUGAGCUGCGCAGGAGAGCAGAGGUGGAGGAACUCAACGCCAAGGAGAAGGAUACCAUCACUGCUGGGCCCAAAACCCCCCAAUUCCUGGCGGCUCUAAUGGGUCGGUCCGGGCUUGGCAAACACAGGAGCUCCCCCCUACGGUCUGGUCGAGUGGUACAGUCCAGCUCUAAAGAUAUUAAUGCCCAAGCUCGUAAGCUCCAGAGGAACAGGGCGAAGGGGACACUGACCCUGCCCCGCUCCAGCAACUCAUCCUUCUGCCGCAGCCUCAGUGAAACCAGCCUCAACCAGCUGGGAGUAGGAGACGAGCCCAAGCGUUAUUACUCCACCCUGCCAGGGCCCUUAAGGGGCCGGGAACGGGAAGUGGCCUCCAGCGGGCGGAGGAAAGAGGAGGGGAGUCAGGGAGGGGUGAGGCACUCUCUGUACCAGUCGCCACAUCUCCUUCUGCUGCAGGGAUACAAUCGGCAGGACUGCCUGGUGUACCUGCUGAACAGAGAGCAGCACACAGUCGGUCAGGAGACUCCAUCAGCUCGUCCCAACAUCUGCCUGUUUUCCCCUGACAUCCUGCCCCUCCACUGCCGCUUGCGCAGAGUCCCCGCUCCCCGUCGCCAUGCCAACAAUAACAACAAGGGAGAGGAGUUGGCGGAAAGUCAGCGGUUCUGUGUUGCAGUUGAGCCUGUGCUCCACGCCACCGUUCUGGUGAACUUUUCCCGCUGCGAGCGCUCCACCACGCUGCGACACGGUGACCUCCUCUCCUUCGGAGCGCAUUACAUCUUCCUGUACAAGGACCCCACGGGUGCUAAGCCUCUGCCUGCUCAGACCUUGGCACGCCUUCGCACCCUGGGGCAGCUUUACGAUGCAGGAGUGGAGGAAGGAGAGGGCGGGGCUCAGACUUGUAAGAUGUGUGGUUCUGUGCUGAAGGACAGAGCAGCCCAGGUGUCGAGUGCUCCGGCAGUCAGACGUAGCUUCAAACCCCACCUGGUGAAACCCCGCAGCGGGGGGACAACAGCAGGAGGACCCCUUAGUUUGACAGGAGGGGAAGGAGGCGGAGGAGGAGGAGGAGGAGGAGGAAGAGGAGGAGGAGGGGGAGGUCAGAAAAGGAGGCUACAGCUGGAGUUUGACCAGGCUCAUGAAGACCAGCUGUUAAACAGAAUCGUGUCCCUCAUAGAACCUGGAGGAGACGACCAUAAGCUGACACCAGCCUACCUGCUGUGUCUGUGCAUACAACACUCUGCCUCAACCUUCCCACCUGGGAGUUUUGGAAAACUGCUGCUCAAGAUCGUGCGGCGAAUUCAGACCAUCGCAUGGGAGAAGACAAAGGAGCUGGCUCAGAAGCAAGCUCAGCACCAGGACCCGGCCUCCCUGUCUCUGCUCAGUAUCUCAGACUUGAUCCCAGACCUGCAGACCAUCUUCUUCUGGAUGUCCAACUCCAUCGAGAUCCUCUACUUUAUACAGCAAAGAGCACCAGCGUACACACACAGCAUAGAGACACUGCAAGGGUCAAAGGAGUCGUUGCUAUCGGCGACCAUAUCAGCCAAUGAGGAGGCAAUGACUAUCUUGGAAGAAGUGAUCAUGUACACUUUCCAACAAUGUGUCUACUAUAUCACCAAGGCUCUUUAUGUAGUGUUACCAGGUUUGUUGGACUGUAAUCCAUUCCCAGUUGACAGCUCUGAGCCCUGCUGGAAAGGAGGUGUGGGGUUUCCUGAACCUAUACGCAGGGUUCUCCAGGUGUUUCAAAAUGCCCAGGAGCUUUUGCAGGGCUACCAGGUCCACCUGGAGAUCCAGGCUCAGAUGUUUGCUUACCUCUUCUUCUUCUCCAAUGUGUCGCUGUUUAACCAGCUAAUGGACAAAGGUCCAUCUCGUGGUUGGUUCCAGCGCUCCAAGGUGCUGCAGAUUCAGGCAUGUUUGCGAAUGGUCAUGGAGUGGGCGAGUAGGUCUGGUCUGGGACAUCUGGCCGACAAAUUCUUCACCAAACUCAACAGCACUGUGUCCAUACUGGCCACAGCCCCACAACAGCUCACACAGCUGAGUUGGCGCGCGUUGUCCAGUGAGCACCCAACUCUCAAACCCGUCCAGCUGCACAGGAUUCUCACUCAGUACCAGCUCACAGCAGAGAUAGGCCCCGUCCCAACAUGGCAACCGAGCAGCGAGGACGAGGCCUACAUAUACAGAACAGUGGACCUCCUGGAGAGCUUUGAGAACCACCCUCCCAUAGUGUUGCCCAGCGCCGGCUUCAGAGUGGACUUGGACAGCGAGUGUGUGGAGGACAGCAUCUACAGACAGCUGCUCUACAUCCGCCACUACCUGUGGGGGCUACGCACCAAGACGCAAACACACACCAGCACUCCCAGUGUGCACACACACUCCAACGGAACCAACACAGCCGACUGGCCCGACGUGCAGAGGGAGCUGUUGCCUCCGGCCCACAGCAGUCCCCGCUCGGGGGGUCCCGGGGACGAGGUGGUGGCAGAGACAGUAGAAGAGAGAGGACGGGACAGACCCUCAGGCCAAACACAUACACACAGCCUCAGAAGGAACGGCACCAUUCACCAUCCACGAACAGCAAAUCCAGAUCCGUCUUGCCUCUUGACUCCUCCUAACACCCCGCUGUACCCGGAAGGAGGAGGAGGAGGAGGGGGGCCGCCUGGGCCAAUCAUAGGCCCCAACACCCAGACAAACGGCUGCACCAGCAGAACUGUGGCAGAUAGUAAGAAGACCAACGGACUCAUCACCAAUGGACUGGAGGGGUGUAUUAGUGGGUGUGAGUUUCCUUUCCCUGUAUCCUCCCCUGGCGCCCCUCCCCUUCCUGAUGACUUAUGUGUGGUGUUUGUAGUGGAACUGGACAAAGGACCCUAUGGACUGGGAAUGGGACUCAUUGAUGGCCUGCACACUCCUCUCAACGCUCCAGGGAUUUACAUCCGGACUCUGAUCCCUGAAGGACCGGCUGCCUCCGAUGGCAGACUGAGGAUCGGAGACCGCAUCCUGGCAGUGAACGGGACCAGUCUGAUAGGAGCAGACUACCAGAGCGCGGUGGAUCUGAUUCGUCUGGGAGGAGGUCGACUACGUUUCCUGGUAGCCAAGUCCGACCCCGAGGUUUCAGAGAAGAUCAGUGCCUCCUCCUGCUGACCACCUCCACUGCCCAGCUAAGACACGCACACACACACACACACACAACACGUAGGACAGUGAGGGAUACAGAUGUGUGCACUGAUGAACAGGGCGCACACAAACACACAUCUGUGCGUACAUACGCCGCAUGAAAUAUGAAUGUGAAACCUAAUGUCAGCACAACACAAAGCCAAGCAAUCAAACUGGAGAUGACGCUCCACGACUCCACAGCUGCCAGACCUGCCUCCCUCACGCUGACUCCUACAGGGUCUGUGUGACAGACAGAAUCUGUAACCCACCGCGACAUCAAAGGAAUAUGCUGCACGGAAAGUUGCCUAAUUAAUCAGUGUUUGAGGUGGGCGAGGUCCAACCAGCCAGUAUGCAGUCUGAUGCGGUUUAAAAGCACAGUAGAUUGUAGGGUUUUAAUUUUUCAACAGUGAGCCCUUGGAGCAUGUGUACACACUGGACUUUUUCCACCUGUAUUUUAGAAUAAUUUGUAUUAGUAAUUCAGGCAUUAAGUAGCAUGGUAAAAUAGCUCUCAGACAAAGGGACUCUGAGACUGUUGGACACAAACUGAAAAUGUACUUUACAAAUGGAGACGACCUCAGUGAAAGCCGGAUGUCUUACACAGUGCUUUUAGAGUGGAAUGUUUUAUAAACCUGUUUGUUAGCGACUCCCACGGCAUCAUCACCGUCUGCUCAUCAGACUAAAACCAUUGCGGUAUGACUGUUGACUUUUGUACUGGAGAGUGGGCGAGGCCGGCAGAGGAGCCAAACUCAAGAAUGUUCAGACGUACAACCAGCUCUCCCCGUUCACACUUAACCUCAUCAUUGAACUUUACCUCCACUGGACAAAAGAUGAACUCUUGAGGCUCGACCUGCGCAGCAGAUGUGCAGCUGUGGUGGGACAUUGUUUAUUAAUUACUGGUUCAUUAAGACAUCGUGCUUCACUCCAGAGUUUCUGAUGCACAAUCCAGGUGUGUUUAAACCAACACUUCUCUUGUGAGUAUAUGCUGUAUGUAUCUGGUCUAAGAGGUGUAAAUAAUUGUUUGUAAAUAUUUAACACUUGGUCACACACUGUUUGGAAAAAAGAGAAACUGCAUUUGGGGUUACUAGUCAAACUUUUUUGGUGAAACAUAUUGGUCAGUAAAUACUGAUGGGAAAACAAGCAACUGUAUUUUCUGAAAGGAGAGAGACAUAGCUAUGGGUCGUGUCACUUUUCUAAACAUUAAUAAUUUAUCUUAAGUUUAAUGAAUACGAAUACAGGAUGUGAUCUGUAGAACUGCAUAUUACCAUUCACACAGGUCGUUAAAGGGUCACUACACCCGAGGGAUUAAAGUGUCUGCCAAUGAGAUUUCUGCCUUCAAAACAUACAGUGAAGGUGAAUGGAAUUUGUUUGUGGAGUAUUGAAAAUUUACAUUUAAAACAUUCAACAGCAAUUGUGUUUCCAGAACAGUAUCCCCGUUACACUGGACAGUCUACUGGAUUAACAUUGUCUUUACGUGGAAAGAAGUUCCAAUGAAGACUGUUCAGUCUGUGGAUUUUCCAGAGUAAGAGGGACACCUCCUCUGGAAGAAGAGGUUGCUGAUGGAUUUUGAAGUAACUUCUCCAUGUUGUGAGCACAAAACAUCAAAAUUCCUUUCAUCUCCUUUGUUUUAGGGUGGACACGUGAAUCUCAGAAGCAUAUCUAACAUACUGUACUGACCCAGCUAGAACAGUGGCUUGACAGGUCACCUCUGAAAAAGUCCUUAAUUCAAGAAAAAAAAAAAGCCAUGCUUAGUCAGUUCUACGUCGGCUGUUCUUCUUUCCUGAGCCCAGCUCCGUAGAGAUCCCCAUAGAAUACCACCUGCCUGUGUCCAGAAUCACAUUCAAACCCUUCUGUAGGAGCGAACACCCCACAGCUGCAGGAGCCAAUCGAACAAAGGGACUGAAGGACUGUGUGACAGCUGUUUUUGUUGACUAGGGCUGCAACUGACAAUUGUUUCCAUGAUGUUAAUCUGCUGAUUAUUCUUCAAAUGAUUUAGUCUGUUCAUUGUCAGAAAAUCUUAUUAAAAUGCCCAUCACAGUUGCCCAGAGCUUGUUCUGUCUGACUAAGAGACCAAAACCCAGAGAUUCAAUUCACAUUGUAAACAAAGCGAAAGCAGGAAAGUGGUUGUUGGUUUUGUUAUUGUUGUAAUGUCUUUUUAUAACCUGUUAAUGUUUUCAUUUCUAAAUUAUUCCUCACACACAGGUAACACAUUCAGUCAGCUUGGUUUCUUUUUUUCCCAUCAGUUUGAUUUUACUCAGAAUCUGUUCAUUACUUUGCAGUUAAAUUUUGUUUUUGUGCGUUUCAAGGUUUGUAUGACACUGACCUCAUGCAUGUCUAUUCUUCUCUGGUCAUUAUUUAUACUGUUAAAAUUGAUGGUAUUUAAGAAUAAAGACGGUUGGAUAAUUGCAUUUUUCUGCUUUGAAAAAUAUAACAAAACAACAACUGCAGUGUGACAGACUGGAAUCUCACCCAUCAUGGCCGACAAUAUGUCACGAGAGCAGACAGUAGAAUAUUUACAUCAAUGAGGAAUUUUAAUUUGUGCUACACAUUUUAACAAAUCACAAAAACAGGAACAUUUAAAAAUACAUAUACUUCUCUAUUUCCAGAAUGUUUACGUAUUGAUGACAGCCGUUUUUACACAUAGCAAAAUAUUUUUUCUUUUUUUCCAAAAUCAGAAAAAAUACCUUCUAAAUAGCUUUGUCAUUAGCAGAAAGAGCAGCAUACAAUCAUUACGCAUCUUUUUUGUUUUGUUUUUUUUUUUUUAAUAAUGUGCAACAACAAUCACUGAAGUCUUGCGCAAAUUGUGCCUGAUUGCCAGCUAAAAGUGAGGCCGGUGUGAGGACAUUCGGAAAAGCUAAAGGCAGAGUGAGAGAGUCGAGAGGGGGGAGAAAGUGCUGAAGAAUAUCUAAUUAAGGCAGUGUCUGUGACAGGAAUUGCCAACAGCUUGAUGCCUCAGUAGAGACUGCGCAGAUAGAGACUGCUUGCUGAGAGAGGGAGAGAGGUAGAUUGGGGAGAAAGAAGGGAAAAAAAAAAAAGAA